AUGUUGACAUGUAUAAAAACUACACUUCCCCAAAGCUGUCACGGAGCGCUCCCGCCUCCCAUUGGCUGGCCGCUCCAGCCGCAGCCCCAGAGAAUGAAUGAAAUUGAAAUAGCUGCUACAUUACAUGUACAAUACCGGGCUCUGCAGUGUUGCAUUCUAUCAUACUAUAUCAAAAUGGCCACAGCGGUACAGAACCCCCUCAAAUCGCAAUCUGGAGGUGCAGUCAUCAAGAACAGUCUCGGAGAGGAGUUUUAUAAGGAGGCCAUUGAACACUGUCGCAGCUACAAUGCCCGUCUGUGUGCAGAGCGCUCCAUGCGGCUCCCCUUCCUGGACUCCCAGACCGGGGUGGCCCAGAGCAACUGUUACAUCUGGAUGGAGAAGAACCACCGUGGACCAGGUCACGCUCCAGGCCAGUUGUACACAUAUCCCGCUCGCUGUUGGCGCAAGAAGAGGCGGCUAAACAUCUUGGAGGACCCACGGCUUGUGCCAAUCGAGUUCAAGAUAGACUACGAGGCAUCUUUAAAGAAGGAGGGGGGGAUCCCAGACGGUCCCGUGCUGGAGUCGCUGCUCGCUGGGGAAACCCUGGACAAGAAGGUAGAAACCAAGGAAGAAGAGCCAAUGAGCGAGUGUCAGAAGCUGCUUGUUGGGGAUUUCCCUCAUGAGCUGGAGGUGGACGACAUGGAUGAAGAUGUUCCGAAGCGCAAGAACCGUACCAAAGCACGAGCCUAUGGUGUUGGGGGCAUGAGAAAGAGACAAGAGCUGCCUGCCAUUGAAGACAGAGACAAGCCUUAUGUCUGUGACAUCUGUGGAAAGCGCUAUAAGAACCGCCCAGGGCUGAGUUACCACUACACUCACACGCACCUGGCAGAUGAGGAGGGUGAAGAAGACUCAGAGCGACACACGUUACCCUUCCAACGCAAGAACAACCACAAGCCCAAGAAAGCACCGGAUGGCUCAGUCAUUGCCAAUGGCUACUGCGACUUUUGCCUCGGAGGCUCAAAGAAGACUGGCUGUCCUGAAGACCUUAUCUCCUGUGCGGACUGUGGACGCUCAGGCCACCCGUCCUGUCUGCAGUUCACAGUGAACAUGACAGCUGCGGUGAGGACUUAUCGCUGGCAGUGCAUCGAGUGCAAGUCCUGCAGCCUGUGUGGCACCUCUGAGAACGACGACCAGCUGCUGUUCUGUGAUGAUUGUGACAGAGGCUACCACAUGUACUGUCUGAGCCCUCCGAUGUCUGAACCACCAGAGGGGAGCUGGAGCUGUCAUCUGUGUCUAAGACAACUGAAGGAGAAGGCCUCAGCCUACAUCACCCUCACUUAAUCUGCUGAGCUGCGUUGCUUCCUCUUGGCCCUUCACCCUCUCCCAAACCACUUCUCCGUAACCCCCUCACUGUGCCUCCGAGGCCCCCACCCCCACCCCUCC